AUGUCUCUCCUCACACUCCCGACGGCGGCAAUAUUGUUGCUACUCGUCGUAGCGAUAAUCCUCGCCCCAAGACUUCGUUCGAAAUCCCGCUUUCCCCCGGGACCUCCCCCUCUUCCAGUCCUCGGCAACCUCCACCAGAUGCCGACUGCCAAAGCCUUCCUCCCAUACCAAGAAUGGUCGACCACGCACGCAGCCUCCUCCUCUGGCUUGCUCGGAUUCCACCUCGGUCCAUCGGCCAAGUUGCUCGUGCUCAACAAGUGGGAACAGGCGCGGGACCUGCUCGACCUCAAGGGCGCCAUCUACUCGAGCCGGCCGUACAUCCCGGCACUCGACUACGCCCUACCCCCGCCACACGACCAGCAUGCCGCGUUCACACCCUACGGGCCCAAGUGGAGGAAGCAGCGGCGCACCAUUGACGACUUUUUGCGCGACCGGAACGCGCAAAAGGUCAUCCCGAUCCAGCAGGCCGAGAGCACGCAGAUGGUUUGGGACCUGCUCCACCACGGCCGCGACUGCCACGACUACAUGCUGCGCUUCUCGGCCGCCGUCAUCCUGGCGUCCGUCUACGGCCAGCGCUGCAAGGACGGCGGGCCGGGGAGCUGGAGCUACCGCUUCUUCGAGACCAACGAGCGCUUCGCGGAUCUGGUAGACUCCUCGUCCAACCCGCCGCCCUACGGCGUCUUUCCAUUCCUGCGAUGGCUCCCCGCCGCUCUGGACCCCUGGCGCGGGUGGAAGGAGCGCGCGGUGCAGCUGGGUAGGGACAAGCGGGACCUGUACAGUGGCUUGUUUGGCGCGGCCAGGGAUGGGAUCCGGCGUGGGCAGAGGCUGGACUGCUUCGUCGCUGAUAUCUUGGCUGAGAAUGAGCGUGCGCUCGCCGAGGGGAAGCCGGCCUACACCGAGGAUGAAAUGAUCAUCUCGGCCAGCGUGCUGUUCGAGGGAGGCGCCGACACGACGGCCAUGGUUUUUGAGACGUUUUCGCUUGCCAUGGCGGCUCACCCAGAUGUAAUGCGCCGGGCGCAGGAGGAGAUUGACCGCGUGUACGGAGUUGAGAUGCCGCAGUCGGCCGACGCUAAAGAGCUACCGUUCUUGAUGGCGUGCAUAUUUGAGACCAUGCGUUUCCGCCCCCCGUUCCCCACGUCAAUCCCUCACGCCACCACCGAAGAUGACACAUACCAAGGCUACUGGAUCCCCAAAGACACCAUCGUCAUGAUGAACGUUUGGGCGCUACACCAAGACCCAGAUGAGUACGAAGACCCGGACUCCUUCAUCCCGGACAGGUUCCUGCGCAACCGGUUCGGCACCAAGUACGAGCACGUCGAUAGCAAAGAAGACGACACCAAGUCGCAGACAGGGUUCAGGAGGGACACGUGGGCCUUUGGGGCCGGGCGGCGAGCCUGUCCCGGCAGGCGGUUCGCAGAGAACACCCUCCUUACUCUGACGGCCAAGGCGCUGUGGGCAUUUGACAUCGUGGCCAUGGGAGAGGUGGAUAUGGAUAUCAGGACUGGGUUCAAGGAUUCCAUCUUGAUCGCGCCCAAAGAGUGUUCGUUUGAGUUUGUGGUGAGGAGCGAGGAGAAGAGGGCGGUUAUUGAGCAGGAGUGGGAGAAGGCUGAUAGAUUUCUUUCGAGGUUUGAGUAG